AUGCCUCGUCCUCUUCCUCGGGCUCGCGUGUCGAGUGAAGCCCCCUCGGAAACAUCCUCCUCGACGUCACCGGAACGAGCCGCAGACGAUGACACCGACUUCUUCAUGGCCCAGGCCAACGACUCGCAAUCUUCGAUCGGUAUCACCAAUUUCCGCGAUUCCCACGUGCAGAGUAGUCGAUCGGCUCCUGUGCCUCCGAUCGGGCGCCUCCCGCCCGAGAUCUUGAUCGCCAUCUUCUCCAAGCUCGUCUCACCCUCGACAUGCGAAACUGCAUGCUCGUGUGUCGCAACUGGGCUUCAAACUCAGUGGAGCGUGACCUCAACUCUUGGGGCGCCGGAUAGUCUCUUCACCUAUGGGGAUCUGAUCAAGCGACUCAAUCUCUCGGCCCUAACCGAGGAGGUCAGCGAUGGCACGGUCGCGCCAUUCACACAGUGCAAGCGCGUUGAGCGCUUGACCUUGACGAAUUGCUCUAAGCUUACGGACAAAGGGGUGUCGGAGCUUGUAGAGGGCAAUCGGCAUCUACAGGCGCUGGAUGUCUCUGAGCUGCGCGAGUUAACCGAUCACACUCUUUACGCGGUUUCUCGUAACUGCCCGCGAUUGCAGGGCCUGAAUAUCACAGGCUGCUCCAAGGUGACCGACGACUCGCUACUGAUCAUAUCGCAAAAUUGCCGCCAGAUCAAGAGGUUAAAACUCAAUGGUGUUUCUAAUGUUACGGAUCGGUCAAUCAUGUCUUUCGCAGAUAAUUGCCCGGCCAUCCUGGAGAUCGAUUUGCACGACUGUAAACUCGUCACUAGCCCAUCAGUAACGGCACUGAUCACCACGCUCCGCCACCUCCGAGAACUCCGCCUUGCUCAUUGCACGGAGAUUAAUGAUUCGGCCUUCAUGAACUUGCCCGAGCGCAUCACCUUUGACAGUCUGCGAAUCCUUGAUAUGACAGCCUGUGAGAAUGUCAAGGACGAUGCCAUUGAGCGAAUCGUGAACGCUGCUCCUCGACUACGAAAUUUGGUAUUGGCGAAGUGCCGCUUCAUCACAGAUCGCUCAGUGCAGGCUAUUUGCCGAUUGGGCAAAAACCUCCACUAUGUGCAUCUUGGCCACUGCUCAAACAUCACUGACACGGCAGUCAUUCAACUCAUCAAAUCUUGCAAUCGCAUUAGAUAUAUCGAUCUGGCUUGCUGCAAUCGCUUGACCGAUAUAAGUGUGCAGCAGUUGGCCAGUUUGCCUAAGCUGCGUCGUAUCGGCUCAUCCCCUCGAACAAAUCACCCGAUGGUUAGCAACCUGGAGCGUGUGCACCUGAGCUACUGUGUUGGGCUGAACAUGGACGGCAUUCGACCUCUGAUCAACAAUUGCCCGCGACUCACUCACUUGAGCUUGACUGGCGUACCGGCUUUCAUGGAAGACAACCUUACUGCUUUCUGCCGGGAAGCUCCUCCAGAGUUCACGCAGCAACAAAGAGACGUCUUCUGCGUCUUUAGUGGCGAGGGCGUGACACGACUCCGCGAGUACCUGAACCGGGACAUCGGAACGACGCGAGGAGAGACAGAGGCCACGAUGUACGAUGACGACGAAGAGCUAGACGAAGAUGAAGGCCAGGUGACGGGACUGAUGCAUGCGACAGACCUCAAUGAUGAAGAUUAUAUCGACGUCGGGCCUCUCAACGAAUGA